CGGCCAAUAAACUAGACAGUUUUUAGGUGGUUUUUAGACAGUUAACACGUUGUCAACUGGCAGUUUUUAGGCAGACUGUAAACUGGCAGUUAAUGAGCAGUUUAUUGCCCGUCUUUUUUCUCCUGGGAGAAGACUUUGGAUUUAGAGAUUCCAUACAUUCUCCUAGACUUCAGAAUCAAAAAUUCCUUCUUUCACUCUCUCUCUCAGAAUCAAGCCUCCUUCUUUGACAUACAAUACAUACAUAGUGGAACUACACGAUGAUGUACAAGCAACAUAACAGAAAGACAGAAGACUUUUAUAGCCUAGGCAAGGUAGAAGAUGAUAAAAGUUAAAAUCUGAGAAAAAGCUCGAAACGUAUAUAUGUCUCGUAACUAAAGGGUUAAUUGCGCUUAAUAACAUGUUUAUUUCUAUCACAAAAUUUUCAGAUGUUAUAUUUCUAUAGUAUAUUUCUUUUCGUUUUGGCGAAUACUUUUUUAUUAGCAAAAAUGUUACACCAAAUAAUAGUUCGAGUAAAACAGAAAGUUUUUUUGAAAACUGUGGAUUAACAGAAGGGUUUCUUUUAUGUUUAGCGAAAAAGAUAAUUAGAAGUACAUUCAAAAAGCCAACUGGAACACAAUAAUCAACUCUCGACAAGAAAUUCGUCGUCGAUAAACUAAGUUACAGAAGCGAGUUGGUAACUGAAAUUUGAUUGUUUUUGUUUAAAUCUUACCGUUUGAGGAGGUGUGUGAACAAACUAUAUACAUAGGCAAUGAACGAGUCCAUCGUCCACCUCUGGAGGCUUUCACUACAUCAAAAUUGAAAAAAAAUGCACGCACAGGAUGGCAUCUAGAGGAAAGUAUGAGUUUUCUCUAAAACUUCUUAUCGGCUAGAUGAGCUUCUCAUCCACUCAUCAUUCCAUUCCAUCACCAGCCUUGCUUGACAAUCACGCGGACAAAAAAUUGCACACAAACAACGCAAAACGAACAAAAAUUAUUUCAUUGCAGCACUGAUACGAUGGGUCUGCAGAUUCGCAAGCAUGAUUGUGCGCACGGGCAUUAUUAUUUUUUUGAUUAAUAUCAUCAGGUCACCGACGCAUUAUAUGUCGGCUAGUUUAUCGGAAUGUAUCAAAUUAGAUAACGUAGCAGCUGUUAAAGGACAGAAAACAGUACUUACAUCUCAAAAAAUUAAGUAUGAAUUCUCGAAAACUCCCGGAUCCUAG